AUGAUUUCGCAUGGUGCCAUGAUGACCUCACAACCACGCCUCCAAGAAAGGAGAUUGUUGUCGGCGUUCGCAAUCGCCAUGCUCUGCCGUGGCUGCCCUACGUUGGAUAUCCGGCUGGCUGGGCAUUGGAGACCACGACCUUUGGGAGCUCUGUCAAGGGGCAGGAGUCGGGAAGGCGGCCAGCUUCUGAGCUCAAGCUGCCUGACCUUGGCAUUGCUUGUGAGAUGUGGCCAAAAGUGGUGCAGAGUCAAUGUGCGGGGGCAGGCAAGGUCUGGCCAGGGUGCCGAUUUAGCCCGCAAUCGAUGUUGGGUUUGCGAAGCCUGCGAUGCUCGAAAUUUUCCCAACGCAACGGAGUGCCAACGCUGUGGCUGUGGUCGUGCAAAACUUUCUGGGGAGAAGAGUCAAUCAGAGGGUAGAGCAAGCUCCCAGGCGUGCGGCUACUGCGGUCAGCCGUCGGGCAGCCUGUUGCCACUGCAGAUUGGGCUGAUCUGCACGGAGUGCGCGAGUGAAAAGCUGGAUUGGCAUCUACACAGACAUCCGUUCAACGGGCUCGGCUUGCUGAUGCGUUUCAUACAGCCGAGGGAAGCAAAGCAAGUCCCCAACGAAGGCGGCUGUCCUGUCUGCCAUCUCGGAAGUGAGAAGGGACACCCGUUGAUUGUCUCUCCCCACACAGGCAGGAAAGUCUCAUGCCAAUAUCGAGGCUUCGAACGCAUGCACUCUACAUUUCACACCACAUUGCUUGAGGUGACUGCACGCGAAACUCUUGCAUCGUAUGCUGGCAUUUACGUCCAUGGCUUUGGCCGCUGGGACAAGAGUACCUCCUGCGUUGACGGGCUGAUCACAUACUCUGUGCGAAGCUGCUUGGCAGUGUGCGUGGUCGAUUCAUCCUCCAGCCCCUCAAGGGCGAGCCUCCUGCACGGGCCAAUGGCAAACUGCUGGGCCAACCGUGUUGCUGAUGAAGUACAGUGGGUUGGCCGGUCCAGUUCUUUAAAAGGCCCUGCCACUGUCUAUGUCUUCAAAGGAAUGGCUUAUUGCAUCAGCUCUGAAACAUUGGUUGAGACAGAACUACGCUGGGAACUGACGGACUUAGUGCUUCCGCUAAUUUCGAAGGCUUGUCCUCCUGGAACAAGGGUUGUACUGGUGCAUGAACCCCUUUGGUGCGGUGCUCUGGCGGUGGGCUAUGAUGGUAUCUUGGCUCCGACCAUUCCGCACUUGCCACCUUACGGCACGUUCGCCAUCGAGAUGCCAGUGGAGGAUAUCACGCGAAGGCACUGUGCCUUCUAUGACAUUGACUAUUCAGAGACCGGGACCGACUUGGACAUGCAGUAUAACCUGACUGAGCAUGUGCCUGUCACCCUGCCUGUCAUUAAAGAACUCAUUGACAAGCGUGCGAAUGUGCCUUUCUUUGCACUUCCACAUUUGCCUCUUCUCGGUGUCAAUUGGCAAAGCUUUGCACGACCUGUGAUGCAGCAAAGCAAGCUGCAAUAG